AUUAUCUUGAAAGCACAUCGACGGAGAAAGACGUGAGAAGGACGCUAAUAAGUCAGUCUUAUUAUUUGUUAUUCCAGUUUGAAAUAUUUACGUCCUAUAAAAUACAUCUUUGAUUCUUUAUUCAAGGAUAAAAUGGUCUCGAUGCGCUAGAAGCACUUUGCCGCUUCUCGUGCUCGUUUAUUGUUAGUUAGCUUAGCUCGCUAGUUAGCUUAGCUUGUUAGCUGCUAACAGAAGUUAUCAACGCAUCGCUAAGUAGAGAUCAAGUGUGAGAGUAAAGUGUUGUGAUUGUGUGAAAAUGUCUACAUUACACAUGUUGAGAGCGUUGGUGGAUCAGCGACUAACUGCUGCCGUUGAAGAAAUAUUUGUAGUGUUAGAAAGAACGAUAGCAGAAUACGAGGUGGAACUUUCUAGAACAAAGGAGGAGAACAAUCGACUACUGGACGCUGUUUUCAAGAAACAUCAAGUUGUGUUACACACAACAGACGUUCAACAGCCCCUUCACAUUAAAGAGGAAGAGGAUGAUCCACAGCCCACCUACAUUAAAGAGGAAGAGGAGGAUCCACAGCCCACCCACAUUAAAGAGGAAGAGGAGGAUCCACACAUGAAAGAGGAAGAGGAGGGAGAGUGUGUUGUAGGGCAGGAGGAGGAUGAUGUCAGCAAGUUUCCACUGACUGUUGUCUCUGUGAAGACUGAAGAGCAUGAAGACAAAGCACCUGAGUCCUCACAGCUUCAUCACAGUCCAAACAUGCAGCGGGUGUCAGCGGGGAGUCAUGAAGAGGAGUGGCACACCAGUGUGGGACAGAAGGAGCUACAGGCCCCCUCCCACAUUAAAGAGGAGCAGCUUCAUGAUGAAGAUGAAGCUCAGUCCUUACAGCUUCAUCACAGUCAAAGUGAGGAGAACAGAGGGGCGGAGCUUGUAAGUCAACACAUCACAGAAGCUGAUGGAGAGCAUUGUGAAGAUAUCAAGUCAGAACCAGACAGCAUCUUUGCUCCACUGUCAGACAUGGACCACAUGAUGUCACACUCUUCUGAUCACAGUGACCACAUCCAAAAACCUUUGGAGAGUAAAAAUGAGUCUAAAGGUGAUACGAGACAUCACACUAACAACAAACACUUUGACUGCUCUGAAUGUGGGAAAUCAUUUAGAAAGAAGAGUAAUGUUACAGUACACAUGAGAAUCCAUACUGGAGAGAAACCUUUUACUUGCUCUGUUUGUAAGAAUAGUUUCUCCAGAAAGCUUAACAUGACCACACACAUGAGAACACACACUGGAGAGAAACCUUUUGCUUGUUCUGUUUGUGCUAAAAGAUUCAACACUAAGAAAGACAUGAUAUUACACAUGAGAACACACACAGGUGAGAAACCUUUUACUUGCUCUGUUUGUAAGAAGAGUUUCUCCACAAAGCGUAACAUGACCACACACAUGAGAACACACACUGGAGAGAAACCUUUUACUUGCUUUGUAUGUGCUAAAAGAUUCAACACUAAGAAUGACAUGAUAUUACACAUGAGAACACACACAGGUGAGAAACCUUUUACUUGCUCUGUUUGUAAGAAGAGUUUCUCCAGAGAGGAACGCUUGACCAGACACAUGAGAACACACACUGGAGAGAAACGGUUUACUUGCACUGUGUGUGAUAAGAUGUUCAGGUUUAAGAAUCAGGUCAGUAGACACAAGUGUGUAACAGUCAUGGAAGCUGCAGGGAUGUAAAAACACUUAAACAGUGAUUGUGCUAAAUGUAGUUUAAAAACACAGCAUGUUUAAUAUGAAUGUAUAUUUGAUGUUGUAUGUAGUGCUUCUCAUCUUCUAGUCUUAUAUGUUGUCCUGUACUUACUUUUUAAGUUGUGUGCAUGUAUUGAAUAUUAUAUAUGUAGCUCCUAUUUUAUUUUAUAUUCUCAUUGUUUAAAGAGAUGGCAUCUUAUUUAAAUUUGUUUUUUUUUUGUGUCUUAUAAAAUCACACAUUUUUUUGAUUGCUUUUUAUUGAUGUUAUUAUCCAAUUAAAAGUCAGAAUGAAUAAAAUGGUUAACAAAAUGUGGACUCUGGUAGAUUAGCAGCAUUGUUACAUCAUGGAUGUUAACUACUGCAAAACAUCAACAAAGAAGAAAAAUGCUGAAGUUAGCAACACAUCACUGAACUUUAGAGCCAUCGUGAGUGGAGUUGCUUGUUUUUAUUGCUGCAUUUGUACUUAUUUCACCUCACAUCUUCACUUUUAAUCCUAAAGUCUUCUUCAAAUAUUGAUGUUUCUGAUGUGUGUGUUCUGUGGAAAGGGUUGUUUCCAAUUGUUCACUUGCACAGAUACAUAUUCAUCAUCAUCAUCAUCAUCAUCAUCAGGCAUCACCGGU